UAAAGGUAAAGAAGAAUACCACUCAACUAAACAAAGAAGAAACUUCUCGUGAGUCUGUAGUCCACUUGUCCACUAGCUGCAGCCCUGAUAUUUGCGAUUCGCAACGCAAACACAUUCAUAAUUCAACCGCAUUCAACAGAGUGAUAGGCACUCCAGGCACAGAUGGUUCUGGCUCUGGCUCCGAAUACGGCUGGAGGAGAAAUACAUUCUUGGGGGCGUUUUAGCACGAAUAUAAUGUACGUGUGGUUCUUCGUUUCGCAAGUUUUUUUCUUGUGAUUCGUAAUGGUGUUUUUCAAGUUAGGCUUGACUCAUCAAACCAACUGGUGUUCAGGAUUUCCUCCUUCUGCAAAUACCGUAAAUGCUACUAAUGCCAGUUGAAGGGCUGUGUGUCCCUGAACAGGAACUUGCUCUCUCUCAACUCUUUCAACAAUGUACCAUUAUCGCUAAUAUAUUCGUUCGAGAAUAGUUAUACCCAGUAAGUCAUGGGGACUGUCAACGGAGAACUGGAAAUCAAAUAUCAAAAAAUUGCUACGGAGUACUCCAAGAUUCGUGCGCAAGCAAAAAUCUUAAAAACAGCAGUCAUCGAGGAACAAACGCGAAAUGCGGACAUUCGGGGACAACUGAAAGAAAAGGAAGUAGAACUCCGUCGGGCGGAGCAGGAACUCGACAGUCUUUCCUUUCGAAAUCAACAACUCACAAAACGUAUCACUGUUUUGCAAGAAGAACUAGAUAGGACUCAAAUAAAACCGAAAAAGAAUAGAAGUAAAUCCUCCGAGACCAAAACUCAGGCCCCUCAUCCUCCUAAUCAUAUCCUGGAUGAGGAAUUCCAAAAGAAGAUUAUCGAAAAUGCUCAAUUACUUUCCCAAAUAGGGGAUAAGGAUAACGAAAUCGAAGUUUUAAGAGAAGAGAUUAAGUUCUUUGAAAAUAAAUUAAGUCUCUGUGAAAAGUCUAAAUUAGGUUUAGAGAUCCACUAUCGGGAUAUUAUAGACAAAUUUGAAAGAGAGAGGGAUGAAUUGCAAAGGAAGUUGAGCGAGAAACAGAAACAGGAGGAAACUGUUUCUUGGUCGAGUGGCGAGGGAAAACGAGAAGGGUGUGAUUACGAUUUGAGAAUGGGAGUCCCAAAUCAUCGGCAGAAUGAUCACUCUCCUUAUUCUUCACCUUCUGCCUCUCGGAGAUCUUCAAAAUCGACUUUGGAAAUGGGACCUCGAAGACCUUGGACUACUGCUCAUGAAGAAAAUAGCGAAGAAUUCGAUUAUACAAAGCCGUGUGAACUUGAGAAGGAAUUAAGUCACUGGAAGGCCCAGUAUAACAUUCUCAAACUCAAAUAUGAUGAAAUUGCGCAGAAGGAAAUUAUAGGGACACACAUGGGUGAAAAUCAUUCGACAGAACCUGUCGUAAUUAGCAAUAUGAUUGGGAGACUGACAGCACCCUUUUCGAUUGGCGAGGAAGUCGAGGCUCGUGAAGCGAAAAUUAGAGAUUAUUUUUUACGGGAAAUCGACAAACUAGUCACCGAAAAGCAUCUCUGUCAUGUUAAAAACUUAGCUAUAGCUGCCAAUAACGAAGUUAUGAACGUUCACUUGGAUACGAGUGAAGCAAGGAGAGAAAAAUGCGAAAUAGAACUGAAAGAAACUCUUUCUAGCUGGAAUAGAUUACAAGAGGAUAAGGAAAUUCAGGAGGGCAAUUAUAAGGCCCAACUGAGCACUAUGAGUGAACAUCUCGCCAACAUGAACGAGAAAUUGAUUCACCAAACCGAAGAGAUUCAGCAACUGAAAUUUGAGCUUUCGAACAAAAACAACAAAAGAGGAAAGUGAAAAACACAGGUGUCGAUUUAAUCGAAAAUUGGACACAUUCCGUGAUAAUAAGUUCUCGCUGACGAACCAAGUUUUAUGUACAUAUUAAAAAACACUGAACGUUGACUAGGAAAAAAAAUUCGGCUCUGUCCAUCUUUACAGCUGUAGUUACGGUCUUUCACAUUCGAUGUUUUUAUUUAUAAAAUAUUAAAUAAAUCUCUAAACGUUAAA